AUGGUGUAUCACCAAUUAGAAAUAAGACCACUCUUGGACUUUGUCCAGGUGAAGAUUUUUGACUUAGAUGGAGGGCUGAUUACGUUCAGAAAUCACAGGAGUGCGAGAAUCAUCGGCGAAGCGCUGGAAGCUACUGCCCAAUCGGCCGGGGACAAGCCCGUGGACCAGAGCGAUGCGGCUGCCAUUCUCAUGGCCGAGCAAUGCAAAGCGGGGAGCGACCUUGUCAUCCCGGGAGGGUUGGCGGCUUCUGCUCAGACGGCCGUGGCUUACAACGAAGGAAAGCUCGGGGACGAAGCCAAGAUCAAGAUCUCCGACAUUCUCGCGCUGCCGGCGGAUAGACCGGCGAACCGGGAGGAUGCGAAGUGGGUGGCGAACGCGGAGCUGAGGACAUGGGCCAAGACGGCAGCCCAACCGGGCGGGGUGGCGGCGUCCGUGGCCGCAGCCGUGAGACUCGAAGUGAGCAUCACCAAUCCGUGA